AUGUUGCUGCGAGGCGGAGGUGGAGGCGUGGCAGCGGCAGCAGAGACAGGCUCCUCCGCCUUGCCUUCUCCGCCUGGCCUGCCCUGGAGAGAACGAACAACGCAUCCAGGGCCCCCAACGCCACCUGGGCCAGGUUGCGCUCCCCUUGUGGGACUUCCAGAACAUGUCGCCCUGACUCGUCGUGUCUACCGUCUGUCUCAUGUCGCAUCUCAUGCCUCGCGCCUCAUGCCUCAUGCCUCAUGCCAUGGCGGCGACGGCCACGCCCAGCGCGGGCUCAGGGCGAUGAAUCGUCGACGUUGUGGCGGGCGUGCCAUGUGCGGUGCUGUCGUAGCCGCCUGGUUGCACCGUCUGGCUCCCGUCGUGGGUCGUGGGUCGAGUGUUGCUCGCGGAUCCGUUGCACGACGGGCUCGUCGUCACCUGCGGACCCGCGGCGAAAGAUUACGGCGGGACAAUACGCCGCUCCACGGCCACCCGCAUGGAGAAGGGAAAAUCUUGAGCGUGCCAUGUGAGGCGCUAGGCCGGACGGGGCAUGGCGGGCUCCCCGCGGAAGCUACUCUCGUCUUCCGCCUGCGUUCGCUUUGCUUUUCCCUCGUCGCCUCUUCCGACACGGGGCCCCUGCGCGCUUCUAGCCCCCUCGACCUGCCCAUUGCCCAUGUGCCUGCCUCGCCCGGCAGUGCGCCGCUUGGAACCCUGACUCGGUCGCAGCACACAACUAAGUACCCUCCACACACCUCGACGAGAAGCCUCUGCCUCGCCCGGCCCGCCAGCCUCACCACCAAACCUACCUGUCUCCUACACGACGCUGCGCUCCCUCUUGCUCUCGCUCACACCCCCAUAACACCCGCCCUGCUCGCCCCGCCCCUGCCCGUUCGCCCUGUUUGCCACUCCCUGCUCGCUGCUGCCGUUUGCGCUAACAACCACCCCUCCCCGCACCAGGGUGCCUCCAUCACGGGGUACCUGACUUCUGCCGUCCGCUGGGCGGUCAAGCCGUCUAGCAGCGAGUAG